AUGUUGAGCUAUGCAGUGGUCGCGUUUUUGUCAGUUUCUUUGGCAUUGCUCUUUAUUCCUUACGACUUGUCCGUUAAAUCAAGAGAGGAAUCAGUCCAGGGCCCCCCUGUGCGACUGUUGAGUGAGCGUGAAUUGUCACUGCACAACGGAGAGAGGGGCAGCAGGGGCCUUUACCUGGCCAUCCUGGGGCAAGUUUUUGAUGUACAAAAGGGAGACAAGCAUUAUGGACCCGGUGGUGGCUACCAUUUUAUGGCAGGUAAAGAUGCUUCACUGGCCUUUGUCACUGGUGACUUUUCGGAAACCGGCCUGACCGAUGAUGUGUCCAGUCUGUCCCCUCUGCAGGUCGUGGCUCUUCAUGACUGGCUGACCUUCUAUCAGAGAGAUUACCUAAAUGUUGGGGUAGUAAUAGGCCGAUUCUACGAUGAGGCUGGACAGCCCACAGAGGCCCUGUUGCAAGUGGAAGCCUUACUAGCUGAAGGCCAGCAAAUCAAGGCCCAAACGGAGGCUGAAAAAGUGCACUUUCCUGCCUGCAAUUCAGAGUGGAGCGCCGGCAGAGGAGGAAGAGUCUGGUGUUCUACUAAAAGUGGUGGAGUGAUACGAGACUGGAUAGGAGUCCCACGAAAGCUCUUCUCUCCAGUGUCAAACAGUGUUCGGUGUGUCUGUGUUCAAGAUCCGUCUGCAGCGGAGGAGGAUCCCAGCCUGCAGAAAUACGAUGGCUGCCCUCCACAGUCUGACUCAUGCUCUGUGGGAGAGGACUAA